GUUACUGGUAGCAGAUACGGAUCUUGAUUUCUGUGUGUCAUUCAGGAGCGAGUAGUUGUAGUGCUGUCAGGACAUCCCUUAUAAUUCAGACACAAGACGUGUCCUCUGGAUCAAUGUGACUUCAACAAAUCCUUUGAAAAGCAUAUUCCAUCUGUGAGUUACUGGUUCCUUAAAUAUCAAGAUGAGCUCCACAGCUGUGCCAGUGGCCGACACCGCCUCACCCACCAACAAUGACUCUAAUAAGAUGACCUGUGACACCCUGUACGCCCAUCGGGACUAUGCCAGGGUCCUCAUGCCUCUUUUCUAUUGCAUUGUGUUCUUGGUGGCGCUGCUCGGUAACAGCCUCGCCCUCCAUGUCAUCCGUCCCAAUCUGAAGAAAAUCAACUCCACCACCUUGUACUCUCUCAACCUGGUCAUCUCUGACAUCCUCUUCACCCUCUCUCUGCCUUUGAGGAUUAUCUACUAUGCUAUGGGCUUCCACUGGCCUCUGGGCGAAGCGCUGUGCAAGAUUUCCGGCCUCAUCUUCUACAUCAACACCUACGCCGGGGUCAAUUUCAUGACCUGUCUCAGUGUAGACCGUUUCAUAGCCGUGGUCCUGCCUCUGCGUUUUGCGCGACUCAGGAAGGUCAGUAAUGUGCGUUACAUUUGUGUUGGUGUGUGGCUGCUGGUCCUGGCACAGACCCUCCCCCUCAUGGGCAUGCCUAUGACCAACAAGGAACCGGAUGGCUUCAUCACCUGCAUGGAAUACCCCAACUUCGAGAAGGUCGACAACGUUGCCACUAUACUGAUUGGUGCCGUCUUCCUCGGUUAUAUCAUACCUUUGGUGACCAUCCUUGUGUGUUACUCCAUCCUGUGCGCCAAACUCCGCUUCACAGCCAAGUCCAACCAACUGAUGGAAAAGUCUGGCCGGAGCCGCAAGGCCAUCGGUGUGAUCUGCUGCGUAUCCCUCGUGUUCAUCAUCUGUUUCAGCCCCUAUCACAUCGACAUCCUGCAGUACAUGAUCCGCAAGCUGGUGUCGAGCCCUGAUUGCGCCGAUCUCACGGCCUUCCAGGUGUCACUGCACAUCACCGUGUGUCUGAUGAACCUAAACUCCUGUUUGGAUCCUUUUAUCUACUUCUUUGCCUGCAAGGGCUACAAGAGGAAACUCUGUAAGCUGCUGAGGCUACAGGUCAGCAUGUCCUUCUCCAGUGCAGUGAGGACAUCGCCUGAAGGCUCCUCCAAGGAUAUUAUCGAUGGCAACAAGAUCCAACUCAACAGUUCUUUUCUAGGUACAACCAGUGAGAGACACACAGAGAGGAGCUACCACCUGGAAGAGUGAACGAGAGAAGUGAGGCAGCUGUUACACAAGAUGAGAGGACCUUUUUCACGUAGGCCUACUCUAAUCAAAACCAGUUAAAUAAUGUCUCAAGCUAAUUGGUUUGAACAUUGAAAUGGACUCAUGCCAACACGGACUCAACCAAUAACUAUUUUUGACAAGAUCAGAAAAGGUUUUUAAAAGAACAUUAACAGAAUGAACGAACAUCCAGCACUUCCUAUAUUUACUUAUUUUUAUUUGCAUCUGUGAAUUUCUCCGAUUACUGCAGCUAAGGAGAGGAUAGUUUUCCACAAGGCAUGCUUGUCUCCGGCCCAUAGACUGAACGCGGAUGAGGAAGAGUCUGAAGGGGAGCAUGUUGACACAUACGUAGCCACAUUCAAAUAUCUAUUGACUGGAAAAGCAGUGAGUGCUUAGCUCAUGUACAGUAUGUGAAGAGUAAAGCAGCAUAUCUCACCUGAAAAGUACUUCUUUAAGAGAAGAACGUAAUGUUUUCAACCGGAAAAUUACCUCGACAUCUGAUCCCAUCCUCGCACUGUUAUUUACAUGAACUGAGAUGUUAAGCUAGAAGUAAAGAUGAGUUUCAUUCUCAAAUGACUCACAAUCUCAGGGGGUUUUUAGCCUCAAGUUUCAGUUCGGCAUUUAGUUGUGAUAUCUCAGGACACUGUAUAACUGCUUUCCAAUUGAAUUGAUCUUAAUUGGUUGGAAAAGCACAACAUGUUUGUAUGUUUUAACAUUCAUUUAAAGUGGGUGUGGUUCAUGAUGUCAUUUAAUUCCCUGUGGAGUUUUCUUGUAAACAUACAGAAGUUAUGUUCACCAUAAUGCAUUGUGUGUAUCCUUGAGGUCUAACAAAUGUGUUGAGUGCACUCCAUCCCUCAUUAAACAUUUGCAAAGCUA